AUGACACCGUACACGCUACGCUGGGGCAUCAUCUCGACAGGCGGCAUCGCGACCACCUUCGCCAAGGCAAUGGGAUCACGCUCCGUCCCUUCGGCGGAGGCGUUCAUCGCCAAGCUCCGCAGUGCAGGCGGCGCGUCGGCCCACGGCGCCAAGCACGGCGCGCUGGACAAGGCCACGCCGUACGGGAGCUACGACGAGGUGUUUGCCGACCCUGACGUCGACGUGGUGUACAUCGGCACCCCGCACCCCUUCCACCACCCGAACGCCAAGGCCGCGCUGCUGGCGGGCAAGCACGUGCUGUGCGAGAAGCCGUUCGUGAUGGACCUCGCCGAGCUGGACGAGCUCGUGGCGAUCGCAAAGCGCAAGAACCUCUUCCUCAUGGAGGCAGUGUGGACGCGCUUCCACCCCAUCGCGUAUGCAGUCCAGAAGGAGAUCCACUCGGGCAAGCUGGGCAAAGUGCGCCGCAUGACGGCCGAGCUGAGUAGCUACGCCCACCUCGACGAGCGCGCAGACAACGACCGCAUGAUCGACCCCAAGCUCGGGGGCGGCGCACUGCUCGACCUCGGGCCGUACCCCGCCGUCUGGAGCAUGCUCGUGCUCCACCAGCACCCGGAUAACAAGGACCCUGAGCCCAAGGUACUCGGCUCGGCCCAACGGAUUUACGCGCGGAACGGCGUCGACGAGCAGAGUAGCUGGACUGUGCGAUGGGACGAGCUGGGCGAGAGCCGUAUCCUGUGCGACUUUACGGCGUGGACCCCGCGCGACUGUGCCGCCGUGAUCGACUGCGAGAACGGGCAGCUCGUGAUUGACCACCCGCUCUACCGCCCCGAACGCUACCGUAUCCUGCCCCACCCGUCGACGGUCGCCGGCUCGUCAGAGUCCACGCCACCCCCGCCGCGCCCCGGCCAGAUCACAGAGGAGACCGCGCACCACUACCCCAUCCCCGCUGGCAACGGCAUGCACUACGAGGCUGACGAGGUGGCGCAGUGUAUUCGCGACGGCAAGACCGAGUCGGCCAGGAUGCCACUCGCGGAGAGUCGCGUCGUGCAGGGUUGGUUUGAUACGGUGCGCAAGGGCGGAGACAGUGUGCUCAAGGACCUCGUUGGCAACGCGGGCAAGUAA